CCUGAGCAGCUGAUAACUGGCAAAGAAGAUGCUGCUAACAAUUAUGCCAGAGGUCAUUAUACUAUUGGUAAAGAAAUUGUUGAUUUGGUUUUGGACAGGAUCCGAAAACUUGCUGACCAAUGUACUGGUUUGCAAGGCUUUUUAAUCUUCCACAGUUUUGGUGGUGGAACUGGUUCUGGCUUCACAUCUCUGCUCAUGGAACGUCUAAGUGUUGACUAUGGUAAGAAAUCCAAACUGGAAUUCUCUAUUUAUCCUGCUCCCCAAGUGGCAACUGCUGUUGUGGAACCUUAUAAUUCUAUCCUUACCACCCACACCACACUAGAGCAUUCUGACUGUGCAUUCAUGGUUGAUAAUGAAGCUAUUUAUGAC